GCAAGAAUACCAAGAUGCAGUUCGAGGAUAUGAACGUCCGAGAUAUGCACAGACCCUACAAGAAGUACAUCCAGCGAAUUGAUGAGAUGGAGCGGAUCAUUCGAUUUCUUUUGGAGGAGUUGACACGAGUUCCCGGGGCCGAAGUGGUCAAGAACAACGUCGACGCCUUCCUGGACCACUCGGACUCCUACAAGUUGGACGAGGUGGAGUCUGAGCUCCUGAAAAUCCACAAG